AUGAUCUCCGUCAGCUUUUGUCCGUCACUGGCGGUGAUAGCUGGUAUAAUGCGGCUAUCGGACAGUAUAGCCGGGGUGACGAUAUUGGCAUUCGGAAAUGGUGCACCUGACAUCUUUACGUCCCUCGUAUCGAGUAGCGAAGAGGGGAUAAUAAUGUUUACGGAAUUAAUUGGCGCCGGUGUUUUCGUUACGGCGAUGAUAGCCGGCUCAGUCGCCGUGGUCCAGCCAUUUCGAGUUCGCUUGAAACUCCUCAUGAGAGAUGCUUGCUUUUACAUCCUGGCGGUAUGCUGGAUCAGCUGGAUCGUCAGAGAUGAGGCUGUACAACUUUGGGAAGCGGCCAGCCUUAUUUUAUGCUACGGACUGUUCAUCAGCGCGGUGAUAUUAAUGCAGAUGCACGAAACUCGUGAAGAGAAGCUGAAAAGUAGAAUUCCAAAUGUAUCAGAUCCAACCAUCUUGCGCACCUAUUUGGCAAACAAGGACAUCGCCAGGCUCCCUCGAAUUUCCAUGAGAAAACGUCCUUUUGGUUUAGGAAUGAAGCUCGAUGUCGCAAUAGCAACAGAACUGCAAAGUGAACAACGUCUAGGGAACAUAUCCUUUCCAGAGGAGCCCGAAGAAAUAGAAAGCGGAAGACCAAAAGGACUUUUCAGAGAAUUUCUAUACGACAUCAAUCCGAUCGACAGAGAUGAUUGGCUGGGCGCGAAUUGGAUCUUUAAAUUCAUUUUAAUUAUACGUGCACCUGUAAUGUUGAUACUUCAAUUAUUUAUUCCAGUUGUGAACACGACUGCCACGAAGAGGGGUUGGUCCAAGCUGCUAAAUUGCUUCCAGCUGUGUGUGACACCGACCUUCGCGUUGUUUCUAUUAAACGUUUGGCACACACAUUUUGGCCCCGUUUCAAUUGUCCCGAUAUUCCUCGGUGUCGGUACUAUAAUUGGCGUAAUUGUAUUUCUAACGACCCACGAGGAUCGCGUACCAAAGUAUCAUAACGCAUUCGCGUUCUGCGCCUUCUUGGCUGCCAUGCUGACGGUAUAUUUGGUAGCCGGCGAAGUGGUAGCGGUCCUUCAAUGUGUGGGAUACGCGUUCAGCAUAUCGGACGCCAUGUUAGGUAUCACUCUACUUGCGUGGGGUAACAGCGUAGGCGAUAUGAUAUCAAACAUUGCCAUAGCCAAACGAGGAUUUCCAAGAAUGGGAUACGCUGCUUGUUUUGGUGGACCAAUGUUCAAUACGCUGUUAGGAUUAGGUCUAACGUAUGGAAGAGCCGCGUGUAAAAGUCCGGAUCUGUACACGACAAUGAGAAUGAGCGAUAUGGCGCCUGGUGCUACAGCUUUUCUUUUGUGUUCAUUGAUAGUUACUAUUAUUUAUUUGAAUAUUACGGGAGCUAUUGCUAGGAGAUCGUAUGGGUAUACCUUGUAUUCUAUUUAUUUUGCAUUCAUGCUUAUUCAAUUCUUCAGUGAAUUUAAAUUAAUUCACCCUCUUGGCACUGAUCAUCGUCCGACAGAUAAGUAAAUUAUAUUUUUAAGAAGAAAUGAAAUGGGUGUUACUAAAAAUGAAUGCUUAUUUGGGUAAUCAUGGUUGAAACAUG